AUGCCAGCUAUAUUAGGAUUGUCUGACGAAAUUCUUCUCCGCAAGAUUGAGUUCCUAGUCAAUGAGGCUGCGAUGGAGCCAUGGUACAUUGUUGAAAGGUCUGUCCUGUUCGCAAUGAGCCUUGAGAAGCGGUUAGUGCCCCGGCAUUAUGUCAUGAAGGUCCUGCAGGAAAAGGGAUUGAUGAAUAGCAAUAUGAGCUUUUCCUCAUUAGCUGCAAUUGGAGAGGAGGCUUUCAAAUCGAAGUUCAUCGACUGUCACAUGGACUCUGUUCCUGGCCUUGCAGAUGCUUAUGCGGCAGCUUGUGCUGGUAUUGUGCCCUCUAGAGUGUAA